CAGCCGGGAGCCGCGCCGGGACAGCUGCAGCCGCCGGUACCUGGCCGGACCGGGCUGCACCCGCGCCGGGACCGGGAGCGGCUGUCCCGCUCCCCUGGAGAGGCGAGCCCAGGUUUAGGCAGCAACUCUAUUGAUUUCUGCAAAGGGAAAUGAAACACAGGACGGGCCAGGCCGAAGGCAGGGGCUGAGCCGCGGCGGGGAGCGGGGCAGCCUCCUGCCACUGGGUGGGCUGGGUACACACACGCCCACCCGCGCUCCCCGUCCCACAUCGGGGCUGCGGGACGUGCAGUGCCCCGGGAGCGCGGCCGGAGCCCGGCAGGAGCGGAGAGCUCGGAGAUGCGGAUGCGGAGGAAGCGACUUAGGGUGUCACCCGCUUAAUAUUUUCGGGGGAGUGACCGAACGCGGCUAUGAAAUGGGCUCUAUAUGGGAUGCGGCCGGAUCGAUGGAGCUGAUAAGGGCGAGCUAUAAAAGGCUGGGGGGCGGCUGCGGCCGCGCUACAGCCCCGAGGCGCCGCUCCGGGAUGGGGCUGCGCCCCGCCGCGCUGGCGCUGCUCGCUCUGGCGGCCGCCGCCGCCUCCGCGCUGCCGCUGCCGCUGCCCGACGCCGGCCCGCACCUCAACUACGGCUGGGGAGAGCCCAUCCGGCUGCGGCACCUCUACACCGCCAGCAAGCACGGCCUCUUCAGCUGCUUCCUGCGCAUCGGCGCCGACGGCCGGGUGGACGCGGCCGGCAGCCAGAGCGCGCAGAGUCUGCUGGAGAUCCGCGCCGUGGCCGUGCGCACCGUGGCCAUCAAGGGCGUGCAGAGCUCCCGGUACCUGUGCAUGGACGAGGCGGGGCGGCUGCACGGGCAGCUCAGGUAUUCCACUGAAGACUGUUCCUUUGAGGAGGAGAUUCGCCCAGACGGCUACAAUGUGUAUCGAUCAAAAAAACAUGGAAUAUCAGUGUCUUUGAGCAGUGCCAAACAAAGACAGCAGUUCAAGGGGAAGGAUUUCCUUCCCCUGUCUCACUUCUUGCCCAUGAUCAACACGGUGCCCAUGGAGUCAGCAGACUUUGGUGAAUAUGGUGAUUACAGCCAGGCCUUUGAGCCAGAGGCGUUCUCCUCGCCCCUGGAGACGGACAGCAUGGAUCCCUUUGGCAUCGCCUCCAAACUGUCCCCAGUGAAGAGCCCCAGCUUCCAGAACUGACUGUGCUCCCACACAUGUUUUCACAGAAAUAUUGAAGAGGACUGUAGGGUUUGUAGCUUUCUGUGUAGUGAUAUUUGGGAACUUUUUUGUGUGUUUGAGAAUGGAGCCAGCCUCGUCCUUGUUGUACCUGCAAGAGAUGAGUGCCUGUUCUAUAGUCUAAAGAAUUGCCUGUCCAUAGUUUUGUUUGGAAAAGCAGGAUUAAAUGCGAAAACUUUAGCGACCUUACCAGAAUUCCUCCAUAGGUGGUGAUAAAAUAACUGUAAUUUUUCUACACCAGCUACACUUCCACAUAUAUUCACCUGUUAUAGCUGCUCAUACAAGCAAAUGCAGAAAACUUUUUCCUCUUCAGAGAUCCCAACUCAAACACUUGGACCAAAACUAGAUGAAGGAAAACAUCCUACCAGAUGUAACUUGAGUUAAUGCUGCUUCUUUAAAGAGCUGCUAACAACAUUCUGGGGAAGAUCUCCUAUGGAAAGCAUACAGCUGAAAAAACAAAUCUGCUUGUACAUUGAGCUUUUUCUUCCCUUAGAAAAUAAGAGAAGAAAGGGAAAAAUUUCUCCCUUCCCUUACUGCUAAGAGGUACUUUGGGAAACUUGAUAAUUGAUUUCUUUUGUAGGCUAAAUUAUGUUCUCUGUGGCAUCAGAAUUAUCCAGCAGAGAGUUCUCAUCAAAAUCAGUGAGGAUUCAGUGUGCGGUUGGAAGGGUGCCCAGGGCUAGAAUUGAUGUUCAUCAGGUAGGGAAUGAGCAGCUCAAAUGAAUGUUAAAUGAAGAUUGUGUUGUAUAUAAGCAUGUAUAUGUCAUUAGCAAAUAGAGAAGAACACUGAGAACGGAUGUAUAGGUCAAAUCAGUUGUAAAAUAGGUUUUUGUGUUCAACCUUUAACCACCAGGAAUUCUUUCAAGUCAUUUCCAGGCUUGAUUCAGCAUCCAUGGGAAUCAGUGGAGAGAUGGUUUAGUGAGAUAAAAGCUGCAGAACUGGGUCAGGAUUCUCUUUGCAAGAAGGGAUUGUGAGGACUUCUGGCCAAGGCACCCAAUGUCUUCAAGUUCUGUUCUCCCUCUGAAAAGAUUCAGUGAAGGAAUAGCCAAGGUGAAGGCAAAGGGGGAAAAAAAAAAGGAUGGUUCAGGGAUUAUACUUGUUU